UCCUCUCCCCUUUCUUCUGCUACCUUAGCCGCCGCAUUACUCCCCUGUCAUUUUGAUCUACCGCUAUUCGUCCUCGUCGUUUCUACUACCUGUCUUAAAAGGCUCGCCUCGGAUAUCUAGACUCGGAGGAGUUAGGGUUCCAGAAGCAAUAUAAAAUUGCCGGCUUGCCUACUAGGGUCGACAGCUACUUUACCUCUAGCGGAUACUGGGAAGUGUGCUAUGGCGGCUACUUUCCGGCCUGUCAACACACCCAUGGCGAUAGAAGUGAAGAAGGAUGACGGGGCGGCGCGGUCGCCUACAACACCGACCCCGACGAAAGCUAGCUUCGGCCAGCGACCAUUACCCACGUCGCCGUUUCCGCAAGCAGUCCAAAUUCCAGAAAGUAUCGAUGAAAGGCAGACUCCGAAGCAAACACCCAAGCGAGAGAACUCUCAGCAUUCGAGAAAGUCGCGAGGAGGCUCCGAAGAUGUCGAUAUGGAUGAAAUAGAUGGAGAAAACCACGGGGACGACGGCGCCGGAUCGGAUGAUGAAAGCGUGAAUGCGGAUGGAACAAAGUCAAAUAAGAAGAAGAAAUCACAACGAUUUUACUGCACCGAGUAUCCACCUUGCAAUCUGAGCUUUACGAGGAGCGAGCACUUGGCUAGACAUAUUCGGAAACAUACUGGAGAACGUCCAUUUCAGUGUCAUUGUUCGAGACGAUUUUCACGGCUAGAUAACCUGCGGCAGCAUGCACAGACUGUACAUGUCAACGAAGAUAUACCGAUAGAUUCUCUUGCCGCCACGGGUACAAGGUUUCAAAGACAAAUUCGAACCGAUCGAGUGCGACAACCUGGAAGAGCUCGGGCUUCGACAGCAGGGAGCAUGGGUUCCCCGCCUCGAGGACAUGCCAAAUCUCUUUCUACGUCGAGUAUUAGUUCUGUUGGUUCAAAUUUCAGCGGUCGCGAUGAUGUGCGCCGACGGCCACCUCCUUUAGUGAUGGCGGAUCCGCGCUCUCGGCUUUCCAUUGAAACCUACCAUAAUACGGAAAGCGCAUAUUCCUACCGACCACCAUCUCCGAGCGAUUUCAGUACACCAACCUCGGCAACCUUUUCAACUGGCCAGAAUAGUCCCCGAUGGGGUUCCGCCAUCGCAUCACCAAAUUCAUCUCAUCCCCGACCCCAAAGCAUGUACGCCGGCCAUAGAACACCAGGCCGUCGCCUUAGUGUGCCGUCUGGCGGCAUACCCUUUCAAUCUCCCCAUGGAGCUCCCUUGGGUCGCCCUCUUUUCGGCCCGGGCACCAUGAACACUUCAAAUCCCGGUGCUUUCUCUCCAACCGGAAGCCUGCUAGGAUCUCCCACGUCCUCCAUAUUUUCUUCGAGGCGUGAAUCUACAUCUCAGACGGAGGAUUGGCGUCGCCGCACAUGGCAUCCCGACUCAACUAAUUUCAGCACCGUUAACAGCAGUAGCCGCUUAAGCAACGUCGUAACUCCGUCACAAUUUCAUAAUCCUGUCCCUGUACCUGUCGCGCCACAGCAGAGCACGACACUUCGGCUACCCGGGAUCGAGUCGUUCGGUCCCCUCCCUCACCGCCCAGUAUCUCCUAUUAGGCGGAACCCCUCUCCUAUGAUUGUUGACUCCGAAGUUGCUCAUCCACCAGCUAUGCGUCCCCUAACCCAUUCCGGAGAUCCCGAAGAAAGGCGCAGUACAGUCCACUGGGAUAUGGGUUUACAUCGAGGUCUAACUCGCUUGGAUAUCACGUCCAAUCCGCCAUCCUCGGACGCAGCCGGUACUUGGGCCCGUGAAGCGAACCAAGCUGUUGAGGCUGAAGUGGACCGAAUGAGAGUACACCCCCCGACAGUGCGGUUUAACGAACCCGUAGUAGUUGAAAACAGACCGCCAGGUGCUCCGAACCUUGCUAGGGCGUAUCACCAACACACUAUGUCAGCACCUUCGAUCGCCACUUCAAGAGAGUCCAAACGGCGUGGUUGGUAUAACGGACCCGUAACAGUUCACGCCGAUGCCCCCCCGGAGAAGAUAGCGCGGGUAGAUCGGAUGGUUCACCCAAACAUAAACGAAUUUGCAGGCUUUCCAGCGAGAGAAAAUACUACAAAUUCCCAACCUAGGCAAGAAAAUGCUGGUGAACGGGAUAAUAUGCUUCGGUUGCAGGCCCUAGUAGCGGUUGCGACAAGCGAAGGAAAUGCGACGACCGCAUAUUAGACAAUGUACUGUCUACCCCUAUAAACUUAAGGCUAUAACCAUACCAGAUAAACUACGCCCCUCCACCGCCACAUACAGUACACACAUAUCGAACCUUUCCCCUGCAGAUCGCGGCAGGUUAACGAGACUCAUGAUUUCUCUUGGUAUUCUGUUUUCUUAGAAUCAAGCAUUUGCAUGAUACACGAUCGCUAGUUGACUUACGAAUAUACCUUCCUGCACGGCUUGCAGUUGCAUUUAUCAUUGGACUGGGUUAUAUUAUGGCGGUACGGACUGGCGUUGCGGGUGGGGGAACUUGUUUGCGACGGAGAGAUAGCGAGGGCCGGCCAUGUUCAUUCGUUGCGUGGCAAAAAAACACCUCUCCCCCGUAUCAUGCGUGAUUCUUCAAGGAUCCUUUCGUUUCAUUUUGCCUUGGAUAGGUCGGCCGCCAUGGACUUACACAAGAUAGGGGCUCCAGCGAUGAUUUUCUAGCUGAUGAUUGAUGACACGAACCUGAUACCCAUUCAUUUCAAGAUGAGG